AGAGAGAGAGAGAGAGUAGAGUGAUCGGAGAGAAGCUCAAAUGGAUGACACAAAAGUGAAAGGACGACAAUUAGAAGCCAAAGCCCCUCUGCCACUUCUUACUCCAUACAAGAUGGGCAGUUUCCAUCUUUCCCAUAGAAUUGUUCUGGCUCCAUUAGGCAGACAAAGAUCUUACCACAAUGUGCCUCAGCCGCAUGCCAUCUUAUAUUACUCUCAGAGAACCACCAAAGGAGGUCUUCUCAUUGCUGAAGCCACUGGAGUUUCUGAUACUGCUCAAGGGUAUACAGAUACCCCUGGUAUAUGGACUAGAGAGCAAGUUGAAGCCUGGAAACCCAUCGUAGAUGCUGUUCAUGCCAAGGGUGGCAUUUUCUUCUGUCAGAUUGUGCAUGUGGGAAGGGUUUCCAAUGAAGGUUUUCAGCCUAAUGGGCAAGCUCCGAUUUCUAGUACAGACAAGCCUGUGACAUUUCAACUUAUUAGUACGAAUUCUGGAGAUGAUGCUGGACAAUAUAUUUCACCUCCACGGCGGCUAAAGAUUGAUGAAAUCCCUCAAAUUGUCAAUGAUUUUAGGCUCGCUGCUAGGAAUGCUAUGGAAGCUGGUUUUGAUGGAGUGGAGAUUCAUGGAGCUCAUGGCUACCUAAUUGACCAGUUUCUCAAAGACCAAAUCAACGACCGAACUGACCAAUAUGGCGGAUCCUUGGAAAAUCGUUGCCGAUUUGCUCGGCAAGUAGUCGAAGCAGUUGUUAAUGAGGUAGGAGCAGACAGAGUCGGGAUAAGGCUCUCUCCUUUUGCAGACUAUAUGGCAUCAGGAGACUCAAAUCCAAAAGCUUUAGGUCUAUAUAUGGCUGAAUCCUUGAACAAAUAUGGCAUUCUAUACUGCCACAUGGUUGAACCCAGGAUGAAAACACUAGGAGAAAAAAGCGAUUGCCUCGACAGCCUUUUACCCAUGAGAGAAGCUUUCAAAGGCACUUUUAUUUCAGCAGGUGGCUAUGAGAAAGAAGAUGGGAAUACUGCAGUCGCUGAGAACCAUACAGAUUUGGUUGCGUUUGGGCGUCUGUUCUUGGCAAACCCAGAUUUGCCAAGGAGAUUUGAGCUCAAUGCUCCUCUUAAUAAGUACAAUAGGAACACUUUCUACGCAUCAGACCCUGUUAUUGGUUACACUGACUACUCAUUUCUUGAAACUUCGACAUAA